GCUUUUUUUUAAUAUACUUAUUUUUUUCAUUCUUCUGCUCUUGCCCUCCCCUUUUGAACAGGCAAAUCUUAUUGCUGCCAUUGUGCAGGAGCAGUCUCUCCACCCUGGGGCUAUGCUGGGGAGAAGGCAGUGCUCCCGAGUAGGAGGUGUUGAUGGAGAAACUCCUGAUAAUUACUCUGGCUACUGUACCUCGAGGUGCAGUUCGGUCCCGCUGAUGAAAUACCAGUGUUGAUUUCUCCUGCUUUGUUUUGGUUAUUUUUGUUUUUGUUUUGGCCCAGUUGUUUGCAGUUUUUUUUGGUUGAUUUCCUGCUUAGUAUCUUUCUGCCUUACUAGGCAAUUGAUACACAAAUGUUCUAAGAGCCUGCAAGACCCAUCAAGCUUGCUGAUGUGUUGUCCUGCACAUCCACAACACUUUGGCCCCUGAUUACAGAAUGGUUUUGACCCAUGUGAAGUGCAAGGUCUUGCAUGGAAGUCUUCUAUUUUUGGAAACACUCUAAAUUUAGAGACUCUCUUUGGUUCCUUGGGCUCAUUUACUUGUAGAGUUUGUGCUUAUACUUUCCAGGAAUGAUUUUUUUGGUCAAGAUCUGAAAAGAGCCGGGAGUCCCUUGCUGUCUGGGUGCUGGUGAUACAGCAGGUGCUGUUUCACUAAGUAAUUGCAGAUACAGGAUACUAGGAAGGCAGGGGAAUGCUUGGAGCUGGAUAAUGGGACACAGCAUUUUGUCUGCACAUUGUCAGCCAGGUUCACACUGGAAAAUGUUCACUGUCCUGUGUGUCACCCAGCCAUGCAGUUUCUGCAUGUGAGGGACUUUCUGGUUAUCCCCACCCUUGCUGUAGCAGGGUUGGCCCAGGCAAGGCUAAAUAAUUACCUGGAAUACAGGAUUCCCGCUGGGAAAUGUUUCUCUCUGAGGAUAUGGAUUUACUGCUGAAAACUUCUCUCUGCCUGUUUGCCUACUCUAUCUCCCCUUGCUCACUCCAUGCCCUUUGAUUCUAUUGCUUCGGAAUUUGUUAGCCCUGUUAUUCCCCUCUUCCAGUUGUUUAGUCAUUAUUGGAGGGUUUUUCCCCAUGGGGACAAACUGUCAGCAGGUGACAGUGUGGGUAGUGGCUGUGGGGCCACCUGGCAGCGAGCUCCUGCCCUUGGUGUCGAGUCCUACCUACAGCUCCAUCAAGAUGCUUGUGUUGCUAAUGGGGCCUUCAGGCCUGCUGCCCUCUCAUAUAUAGUUUUCUUGUGAUACUGUGUGAAUUAUUUUAUCCAGUUUUUCUUCUUCUGCCUGAGUCAGGUUGUGUUGGCUCUUGUUGGGGGGAAAAAACUACCAGGUUGGGGCAACCUGGUUCAGGGUAGUGGUGGCACCAAGCUCCUGUCAGUAAUGGUGCUGGGGGCUGUCCUGCCAUCAGGUGUCCUCUGGUCCUUGUAGGCUCUCCUGCCCCUGCAGCUGAGGGCCUGUUCAGAGCAUAUGGUUUUCUGAAGGUCACUGUAGGACUUCUGGGUGUCUCUUGGCUGGUGAGAGGUGCCUGGUAGCAGUUAGGAGGUGUGCAAUGAGUCUGUUGGACUGUGAAAAUGGGCUCCUUGUGCACAGAGGGGGCACUUAAAUGACUUUUUUUUUUAAGGCCUUCUUCCCAAAAGUCAGUCCCACCAUGUGUGUGUUCUGUAAAGGCCGUGGGCAGAUUGGCUCUAUGUGUGUCCCAUAUUGUCAGCAGUCCCUCUUCAGGGUAUGCAGCCCCUGUAUGCUCUCUGGGUAAACUCCUGGGUUGAAACAGAGAAUGUGUCCAGGAAAAUGAAGCUAAAACUGUGUCCUGUUGAAGCUUCUGUAGGUGCAUCUCCAAACUGCUAUGAAUUGCCAUUUUGCAGUCUCUGUGGUGCCCAGGUCAGUGAGGAUUACUGCUUUUGUUGUUGUGCAAGUCCUGGUCACCUGGUGUGUUGGUAUCAGCUGUCCCCUGUAAGCUGGUGAUAGAAUUGCUCUGAAUAUAGUCUUCAGCUGUGCUGUGUUACUGAUAGGUAACAGGCUCUGUCUUACCAAAAUCAGGAACGGGUGUAGUGUAAUUCAUACUUUCAAAUAAUGUAAGUGUGCAUUCAGGUGUGUGUAUCCCUUGCCAAAGCGCUCAUUUCUCUAGGGUGUUCGUGGGUGAAGCUCCAAAGCUGGAACACUGAGUUUUGUAAGGCACCUAAUAGCAUUAGCUACAGUCUCAGUGGAGCUGGAGUGCUUUUAAAUAACAUGAUCAUCAGUAUGUAUUUUUUAUUAUAAUUCAUAUUAUGAAUUACUAUGUGGGAGUUCAUGAUCAGAGUGAAAAUGCCACUCACUUAAUUUCGGAGCCUGACUGUUGCCUUGUUUGUUAGUUUGCUGCUUCUGUUUGUGUAAUGUCAAACUAUAAAAGUUGAGUGAAUCCCUUCUGAUCAGGGAAGCCUGGUGUAUGAGGUUUUGGAGAGCAAUAGUAAAAAAGGUGAGGAGCUGGAAAACCCAAAGGAGUUUAACCAGUAGUUUGGGAUUGCUCCUCUAUAAAGGACACACGUUAGAAGGGUGUCACAAAACAGUGAGUGCAAGUGGAAAAGGGUCUCUGUUCCUCUGUACCAGUGCAAGCCAAGGUGAAAGUGGUUGAUUCAAAAUGGACAAAAUUAAGUGCUUUUCCAUGUAGCUAAAUGGUGGCGUUUAUCACGCAGAAUGUUGUUGAGGACAAGAAUUUAGCCAAGCCUAGAAAGCAGAUGGCUGUAUGAUUGUCAGGUACAUUCAGAGUUACACCAGCUUAUCGCAAUGGUUCUUAUAUCAUAAAUACCUAAUUGGAAAGAAGAGUCUGUUUGGUGCAGGUUUCUGUGAAACAUCUCUUGCUGACUGUAGCUGCGGAAAAGCAGUAGCUUGGGUGGAUGAUGAAUUGUUUGCAAUAAGACAGUUUCCAUGUGUCUGUGGAAACAGAUACCCUCGGGGUGCCCGUGGUGGUUUCUCUAUUCCUUUGCCCAUGGCUGUGUGAACAAUGCGUCCUUGGUGGCAUUUCAUUCUUUGUGUCUGAAAGCCUGACCCACGCACCUCUGCCUUUCUCCUAAUAAACUGUUGCGGCCCUGAUGUGGCUCUGGGCAGCACUUGCACCCUGUGCUCUGGCUGGCCCAGGACCACGUUGGGUUUCACCUCCAGCUGGUUGUCCACGCUUGUACCCAUGCUGUCUGUGGUAGCUCAGUUGUUGUGGUUUAACCCAGCAGGCAGCUAAGCACCACACGCAGCCGUUCAUUCAUCCUCCCUACCCAGUGGGAUGGGGGAGAGAAUAGGAAAAAAGGUAAACCUCAUGGGUUAAGAGUUUAAUAGGACAGAAAGGGAAAAUAAUAAUAGCAUAUAUAAGAUGAGUGGUGCAUGAUGCAAUUGCUUGUCACCCGUUGCCAGUUCCUGAGCAGCAGUCGCCCCUCCCCCCUGGCCAGGUCCACCCCGGUUUAUAUACUGAGCAUGACAUCAUAUGGUAUGGAAUAUCCCUUUGACCAGUUUGGGUGAGCUGUCCUAGUUGUGUCUUCUACCAGCUUCUCAUGCAUCUCUCUGGUGGCAGAGCAUGGGAAGCUGAAAAGUCCUUGGCAUAGUAUAAGCACUACUUAGCAACAACUAAAAUAUCAGUGUGUUAUUGACGUAAUUCUCAUACUAAAUCCAAAAUACAGCACUAUACCAGCUACUGGGAAGGUGAUUAACUCUAUCCCCGCAGAAACCAGGACACUCUGGUAAUCCCCUCAGGUGGAGGGAGGUUCCUGUGGAUGCAUGAAGAGGUUUUAAAGAUGACAUUGGGAUGACAAAGAAAUAUACAUUUCCUUUAGGUACAUCUGUGAUUUUUAGGUAUGUUUGUUGUUUUUUUUUAUGGAGAGGAGCCAUCAGGGAAGGAAGAUGAGCACCAAGUCUAUGUGACCUGCCAGAAGUCUGGGAUUCAGCAUCUGUGUUUGCACGUGCGAGGCUGGGAAAGAAACCCAAAGUCGUGACUCUAGCAGAGCCCCACGUGUCUCCAGAAGCCCUACUCUGAGUUCAUCCCACCAGCCAGGCUGUGCAGCGUGAGAACUGAAUACUUUUUAACUGGGUGUGCCUAAAUGCAUCAGCCUUUGGAUGUGAGCGUCUUCUCUUGAAACAGCCUUGUGAUACCCUAGCUGCCUGUUCUCUCGGGAGGUCCCUUGGAAGAACUUGUCUGUACAUCUGCCUGGGUGCCUGACGGGGCUGCCUUGCUUCCAGAUCUGAACCAUGUCCCACCCAUCCUGGCUGCCACCCAAGAGUACCAACGAGCCUGUUGGUCAUGUUACUGCAAGGAUGGAGACCACACACACCUUUGGGACUCCCAGCAUCUCCGUGUCCACCCAGCAGACACCAAAGAAGUUUGCACCUGUUGUUGCCCCCAAGCCAAAGUACAACCCAUACAAGCAACCAGGAGGUGAUGGGGACUUCCUUCCUCCACCCCCACCUCCUGUGGAUGACCUCGGGAACAUCACAUCAUCACAAGGUGCCUUUCCUCCCCCACCUCCUCUGGAUGACAUGACUUUCAAUGUGCAGGUGAACCCUGGUGGCAAGACGCUUGAGGAGAGGCGGUCCAGCUUAGAUGCAGAAAUCGACUCUCUGACCAGCAUCCUGGCUGACCUAGAGAGCAGCUCUCCGUACAAACCUCGGACUCAACAGGGCUCCGGGACCUUGAGCAGCUCUGCCACCACCACCCCAUCUGUGUCCACCCCAGUCACCGGCCACAAGCGGAUGAUCAUCCCCAACCAGCCUCCCCUCACCGCCACGAAGAAGUCCACCGCCAAGGCUCCGGGGCAGCCAGCACCCAUCCCGGUGACUCCCGUUGGCACCUUGAAGCCGCAGCCGGUACCGGCGUCUUACACCACGGCCUCCACUCCCAGCCGCCCGGCUUUCAACAUCCAGGUGCGGACGGCGCAGCCCAGCCCGCACUACCAGCCGCCCGCUCCGCAGCCCGCGCACUACGGCAGCCUCGGGCCCGGCCAGCCCUAUGCCCCCGCACCGGCUCGCCCGCCCGGCGCCCCGCAGUACGGCCCCCCGCAGCCCCGCGGGCACGACUACGGCUAUGCCCCGCCGCCCAGCCGGCCCUCGGAGCCCAGCUACGGCUACGCGCCUCCGCAGGGCCGCUACCAGGAGCCCUACUACGGGGGGUAUGGGGGCAGGAAUGGCUCCGAAGCGCCCUACGUGCCGCAGAGCACCUGGAAGGUUGAGCCAGCGUAUCCCACCAGCAACACCGUUGGCCAAGCUCCUCCUGGGCUUUACCAGCCAUCCGGCACAAAGAAGACCUACAUCACUGACCCAGUGCUGGCCCCGCAGCCACCCACCAUGCAGCAAAAGAGUGGGUAUCCAAGCUCUGGACCUGCAUCAAGCACUCCUGCCUUCAGGCCUGAGGACGAGCUGGAACAUCUGACCAAGAAAAUGCUGUAUGACAUGGAGAAUCCUCCUUCUGAUGACUACUUUGGCCGCUGUGCCCGCUGCGGGGAGAACGUUGUUGGGGAAGGCACUGGCUGCACGGCCAUGGACCAGGUCUUCCACGUGGAGUGCUUCACCUGCAUGAUGUGCAACAACAAGCUGAGGGGACAGCCUUUCUAUGCAGUGGAGAAGAAAGCCUACUGUGAACCCUGCUAUAUUAACACGCUGGAACAAUGCAGCGUCUGUGCAAAGCCCAUCAUGGAAAGGAUCCUUCGAGCCACCGGGAAGGCCUACCAUCCCCACUGCUUCACCUGUGUGAUGUGCCACCGCAGCCUGGAUGGGAUCCCCUUCACUGUGGAUGCUGGUGGGAACAUCCACUGCAUCGAGGAUUUCCAUAAGAAAUUUGCACCGAGGUGUUCAGUGUGUAAGGAGCCCAUCAUGCCGGCCCCAGGACAAGAGGAGACUGUACGCAUUGUCGCCUUGGAUCGUGACUUCCAUGUCCAGUGCUACCGGUGUGAGGACUGUGGUGGCCUCCUGUCUGAAGGGGACAAUCAGGGCUGUUACCCUCUGGAUGGGCACAUCCUUUGCAAGACCUGCAACUCUGCUCGGAUCCAGGCUCUGACUGCCAAGGCCAGCACUGAUCUCUGAGUAUCAACUGUGACCCUCCCCAGGAUGCCCGUUGGGGGAUAUUGCACAAGCUUUGCAUGAUUUCUUUCCAGCCUAGGGUCUGAAUCUCUGUUCUUUAAAAAAAAUAAAGGUAGAACUGGAAGGUCUUGGAACAAGAGGGUAGUUUGAGAGGCCGUGUUCAGACUGCCCGUGACAGGCACCUGAUUUAGAUGUGACUUUUCAGGAGGGCAGCAGGUCGGACCACCUACUUUCUCUGCAGUUCAUGGAGAUAAGUGGUCACAGCAUCUAAGUUACCUGCCUGUAGAAGGAGGUCUGAACAUGGUCCUUAACUAUAUUCUUGUGUUUGAUUCCUGUUUCUUAAGAAGUUCAUGAAGGUAGAAGGUGAAAGAUGCCUGAGCUGGUUCUUUCUCCCAAGUUAUUUUGGUAACCUGGCCAGCUCUCAUUGAAGCCAUGGGGGAGCUUCCCAUUGACUUUAAUAGGAUCUGGACCACCAGCAGAAACAGCUCCACUGCCCUAGAAGGUGUUGAGAGCAGACCCAGUGCUCUUCACGUCACUAAACAAACAAUGCAACUUAAACCAUACUGCACCUGAGUGUAGGUGUGACCCUGUAUCCUUAGGACACAGAUUUGUUAUCUGUACCUUUUUUCUUAAGCCCUUACUUGUCUCCAUUCCCUUCCAGUUCAAUAGGGUUUUUUCUUUUUCUUAUGAAGUUAUAUUUUGCUAUUGCAUAAAUUUAUUCAGUAGUGAUGCUUCCAGCUCACAAUGUAUGAGCAAUCACAGAAAGAUGUGAGCUUGCACACACUACACACACACACACUACACAUACACACACAAUGUGCUUUUGAUUUACCAGAGGUAUAAGCCAAUCGUGUCUGUUGAGAAGGUCUUUUAAGGAUGCGAGGCUAGAAACACAUUUUUUAAAUCCCAGUGGUUUAGAAAAAAAUAAAGAACUACAUGGAACUGCUCUGCAAAGUGAUGCUCAGAAAAAUCUUAUGCCACUCUCUCACACCCCGAUCUAGUGGGACCACUGGCAGUGUUGCUUUCUGGGUAGACAUUUCAGCAAAGAUCUGGAGUUCUCAUUAAAAAAAUUAAGGCUCUUAUUUCAACAGCGGCAAAAAGAAUCCUCCUAAAACAUGCUGUUGUUCAGUUUUUAUCUUAAGCUAAAGAAAGUAUUAAAUGCUUUUCUAUGCCAUUCCAAAAAGUAAGCAUUUUUUUUUCCUAUUUCAUUUUCAUCCCAGCCACUUUUAACUUCUCUUUGGUGAAAUGUCCUUGCAGAAGAGUGCUGGGCCAGCAGCAGUGUUUUCAUCUUCUGUGCAGAAUUAAUACAUAUGCCAAGGUAAAUGAUUUUCUGUGUCCAGCUUUUUUUUUUCUCAUAUUGAUGGGGUUUUGAAUUUGGUUAAUUAAAAAAAAAAGUAAAAAAAAAAAAAAAAAAAAAAAAAAAAAAAAUUAGAAAUUCACAGCAUUCUGAGCAGCUAUAAUAUUCUUGUUCAUGAAACCCAUAAUAACUAAGGUGCAAAUUACAUAGUGAGGGAGUAAUUUUCAUAUCACUGAAUUGACAUUAAUAUCUUAUUUGCAGAUGUAAUCAAAGAAAAUACUUUUCUUUGCACUUAAGAAAUUAAGCAGCAGAACUGAAACAGUUGCAGGCUGAUUGACCAUAUAAGUGACAAACUAGCACUUUUCAAGAGUAAGUGAUAAGAAUUUUUUUCAUGCACCCACUGAAAAGCAAUAAGAAUGUGGUGCUUUCAUCUUUAUUCGCUAUAGCAGAAGCCUGAUAUAAUUAUAUCCACUAAUGCUAAAAAGAAAAUAAGUGUUAGAUGAGCUAGACCGAUAGGAAGCAAAGACAGAAGAUUGAGAUACUCACUGCAGCUCCUGCAAACGGUGCAUUUCCUUUCAGUUUAGCACUAAACUUUACAGAAUAGCACUGUGAAAUUUAAUAGCUUUAGCUGUAUACAGUAAAUUCAAAUACAGAAAUACCAGUCUGAAACCUCUGUUUCUUACAUGGUUUAUAUGUUGGCAAACUCCACCGGUGUCAGGGAAGAUUCCCAAAAUUCACAGCUCAAAAUGAAUCCUUCUUUGUAGAAGGGUGGCAUCAUUAAGCAAAAGAAAUCAUUCUCCACCAUCGUGGCUGUGCUAAAGCAAUUUGCCUUUUUAUACUAAAUUUCUGCCCUGGCCUUCAAGAAUUUUACUGCCUCAGACAUAAACAGAUUUUUUCGCACUGUGACUCCUGCCAGGUUCCAUCUGGGCUCCUGCUCCCUGGACUGUGGCACGUAAGAUACUUCUGAGCUCACUUCUUCACAUGCGGUCUGCACCACCACCGGUCAGAAAACCUUGCAACUAUUGAACUAACCCUACAAAAAUGUGGGAGGUCAGAGCUGAACACCACUGUAUGCCUGUGGAGGAUUUUACAUCUCUGCAAGCACAGGGGAGGACUCGAUGCACUCAAGUGCAGAAUAAGCCAUUCAUCAGGCGGCAAACGUAGCUCUGACCUUCCUUACUCUUGUUAGUGUUAAAUCAAGUGUCUGAUGUGACUCUCCUGAGGAAGACUGGGAUGGAAACAAGCUAUUGUGCAGAAUAUGGCGUAGACUAAGGAGGACUGAAGUCCAGAGCCUUUGGGCUUUUUAUAGCCCUGCCAUAGCCUGGACUAGGAGUAAGUCAUAUGGCUCCUUGUCUUCUGCUCUCUGAACAAGAGGGCUUCUUUCCAAUUUCCCAGGGACGUUAUGGGAAUUAAGCUAAUCACAGAUUGGCCCAAACUACUGAUUUUUUGGAGUUCUGUCUUCUCUUUCCAGAGAAGUUUGCUGGUAUGUAGGCUUGGGAUUCCAGCCCAUUUCAAAGCUGAGGGCCAGCCAGGAGAUCUAGAUCUGAAUCCUCUGUGUUAUUAGGGUGCUGUGGUGAGUUGGGCUGGCGUGCAGAGAGGUGAGAGCCAAACUUUUCAAGCAUUAAAUACUCCAUGGGUGGAAGAUGUUUGAGAAAGAAUGAGCAGUGUUGAUAUUUGAGGUACUGUGGCUAAUUUCUGGACCUGACACAUCUGGGCACAGGUACUAUAAAGCAUUUGUUUUCAGCCUUGAAACACCAGAGCCAUCUGCCUGUCAGAAGGAGUGAGCAUCUAAAAUACUCUCUUACUGUAAUGCUUGUGAUUUUGGCUUCUAAAAUAGUUGUAGCUGUAUUCAAAAGAUAUUGCAUAAAUGUAUAUACAUCACAGAGGCUCUCAUCACCUGCAUGCGUAUGGAAAUCUCCUCUCUGAUGCUUCAGGGUUUAAUUAGGAAAUGCUUGUGGACUUAUCUCAAUUGCACUGCAAUUAAGAACCACUGGGAUAUUGCUUCAUCACAAUAUUUAUCAUAUAUUUAUAAUAUAUCCUGUUCUCUCUGUUCCAAAGGAGGAGUCCUUUUUGCCAAAGAGACCGUGCUUUUCUUGAGGUGCGCUUCUUAGCCAUGAUAAAAAUUCACACCAUCUGUGGCUGUGGUAAUGUCCAAACUUCCUUUCAGAAAGAAUUGGAAGAUCACACAGACAUUUCUGUUCAAGUAUGCAGUCUUUGCUUAUGCUGUUUUGGCAUUGUCUAGUAUUUGUUGGCAAGUAGGGCCUGAUCCCAUGAUUUGUGUGGCCAGGUGGGGCCCAGGUAGGUCCAGGAUCAGGUUCUAAUUUAGCAAAAUAUUUAAGCUCCUGGGGCUUGUUUAAGCACAGGCUUAAAGCCGUUGCAUGGUCUGACAUAAGCCAUGGGUCUACAGUCAUUAGUACUAGACUGAUUCUGCAUCAUCCUGUCAUACAGAUUUGAUCUGGGUAGGAUGUGGACGCAGCCAAAUUUCUGUCAGAUUACCCAGAACACAUGAAAUGGCUCCUGUGUCGCCUUUAUGCCAACUACAGGAGGGCACCCGGUGCCUGAGCCAGCGUAGUAUUUGGGCAACCAGAGGAUGACUUAUUACAAGAUCAGUGGUCCGUAUUGAGUGGCUGUGGCACUAUAUGUCACAAGUAGCCCUACAGCCAGUCUUACUGUAUCAUUGAACCAUGGCUUUAAAACUGUCUGCUUAAACUUUUUCCAGAAGAUGGGGUUGCCUUGGUUACAUCCUGAUACUGAAGCAUAUCCCCAAGGCUAAUACUAGUGUUUUGUGAAUGUGAUGGUUUUGUUGUCACUUAUUUUAAUCAUUGCCUGAACAUUGCUUUCAAAAACAGAAAGCAACACCGUUGCCUUAGCCUAUCAGAUAAUGCACCUUUAAUUUUGGUAUUGUUUUUUCAAUAUUUUAAUUCUUAGAUUUUUAUCACAGCUGCAAAACAUUUGAGUAAUGACUUAAUCAUAGAGGUGUGGGAGUACCAAAGUGUUUAUCAUGGUGAACUCUACAUAAUAGCAUUCAUCCUGACAGCAGGAGUGAGACUUUAAUGAGACAUGGCCCUUAAGUUGACUUUCUGCCUAUUAGCAAAAAUGUGCCUGAGAAGAAUGGGGAAAAAAAGUGUCUUUUAGAUAAAUGGUGGCUGUUGAGAAUAUGCAACAAGUCAUACUGAAAUCUCUUUGGACCUGUUACAUCUGCUGCCUGGCUAUGGUCAGCCAACCCUAGCUUAGGUUUGAUAAAUGCUGGUUCCUUUAGAUUUUGAGAAAGCCCAGCAGAUGGAGGGGAAACAGGACCCAAGAGAAGGUCCUUGAGGGAAAUCCUGUGUCCUUGCCCUCCUUCAGCAUCAGGGAUAAAUGUUAGUCAGCUGGUGCUUCACCUGAAGGGCUCAGAAACUCUCUGAGUUUGUCACUGUUUCCCAUUGAUAUCUGCUUCCUGCAGUUAGUUCAUUGUGUUGAUUUGCUGUUUGUUCACCAGGUUGGGUUGACAACACCUCAUGUAGACUCUGACACUGUAAGUCAGGGCUAUCGGAGAGAGAUGUGCUGAAGAAUCUCGCUCUGGUGAAAUUCCCAUGAGAAAACACUAGUAAUGGUAAUUGAGGGUCUGUUGCCCAAGGAUAGCAGGGAUUACUUAGUAUUAUCUAACAGUUAGUAAACUACAAACUAAGAGAGAGCUGUAAGAACACUAUUUCCAGUAGAGCUGGUUACAAUUUUUACACUAAAUUCUGUGAUGUCAGGCCAUCUUUUUUUAAAUGAGAAGUUCUCUAUUUUUGCUAUGUUGUCCACAGCAGUUUUUAUUCUUGCUACUAUAAUUAAAACCAUAUUGAAUUUUUACCUAAAUAAAUUUUGGAAUUGUUACAAUAUAGUUUCAUUUGUCAAAGACCUAUGCCUUCUUUCUCAGGUUUUUGUAGUUCUUGAGUCUUUUCUACUAGUAAAUUAAGUUUUUGAGACUAUUUUGAAAACUUCUUUAGAUAAAAAUUCUAUUUAAAAGCAAGCACAUGUUCUUGAAAAAUGGUUCAACAUUGGACCUGGUGAAAUAAAAAAAGCUUUGGAACUUUUCACAAGAUUAUUUUUUUCCUAUUUGUAACUAAUUUUACUAACUUUGAAGUCACUGUUUCCUUUGUUAGAGCAGUCCAAAUAAUGUGACUUUUCUUAAAAUAACAAUUACUUCUGUUGGGUUCAUUUUUCUUUCCCAUUUUAAAGCCACAGAGUGGCUGGCCAUGAGGAGCGAGUGCCAGAGUCUAUUUCUGUGGCAAUUGCAAUUUUCUUCUUCGGGUUUUGGGUUCCCCCCCACUCCCCCUGCCCCGCUCCCCAAAAUCACUGAAGAAUAAUAGUAGCACAUUAUGGCAACUGCCUUGAAGAUCAGGAGAUCCUGAUUGAACUUCAUCUUGUCAUACCCUUCUGGGUUUGGGAAUGGCAUUUAUCCUUAAACAUUUCUAGUAACACUACCUGCCUUUGUCAGCAUUUCAAGUUUGAAUUUGCAACAGUCAGUUCCCUGAGUGGCGCUUGGUGCAUGAGAGAGAGGAGACUUUAAACUUGUGAGAUUGUAAUAUUCACUCAAUAUCUUAAAUUCUAAGGAAAUAAAAAACGUGAUGUUGGUAGGUUUCCUGGUGAACGUUGGGAAACAGCUCUUGUUUCAGCCUGGAAAUUCUGUCAUUUCAACUCAGUGUUUUUCAGAUCACACUUGCAGACUGCUCCGUUAUUUGCACUCACGCACACGUAAGGUGGUUGUGGGGCUACAACUAAGCAGAAGCACAGGCUGCAAUACUGAGUAUUGCUACUUAAACCCCGCUGGGCUUUACUCCUGGGUUUGCACUCCCAGUCUCUGGCUGCACGUUCUAUGUGGAAGCAGUGGUGUUGAUAUCAAGAGCACUCAAUUCAAACCUUAUUUUUUAUUUUUUUAAGUUUGACGUUGGUUCAAAUUUCUCAUCAUACGUAGAUCUUUUAGAAAAUGAGGAAGGAAGCAGAAGCCUCAGGUGGUGCAUUCCCCUUACAUUUCAGGGUUGAGCGUCCCUUGCUGGGAACGUGGCACUUGAGGUGUCUCUACUUCUCUUUGCCUCUGCCUCCCUUUGUCCACAAGCAGCUUUUAGUAGCUUUCUGUGUUUGCUCGGCAUGCACUCAUCAUUGCAGUGAAGACGGUAUGUUACUCACUUCACCGAGGUAUUGUGAGUCUUAGCUACUAGCUGGAAAAACUUUUCCAGAUCUUUAAUCAAGUAGUUUUGUGCAUCCAUAGUAUCAGCGGACUGCCACAUGGAUAUCAAAGAAAAUGAUUGUAAUUAUUGCUUUUAAAAUGAUUAUGAAAUUGUGCCUUACUUUUUCAGUCAUAUUUAACCAUGUAAUUUAGAACCACAUGAUUGCAGGGAUUUAUCAUGAAGAAAUUUGUUUGAAGGGUAGUUUGUUUGUUUUGAAAUAGGUUGUUUUUUUUUUCUCCAAGACCGAAUUUAUUACAUUUUCCUCUUUUAUUUUUUUUCCUCUGGUUUUAUUUCUUUAAUAUGUUUGUGUAAAAGGGCAGCCAGAAUUUGCAUUCGUGAGAGACAGAAGAUUUUAUUUCAUCUUGUAUGUGGAGCUUUCAUUUUCUUUUAUGUCCUUCAGGAAAAUUCCUCUCUGCCCGAUUACUCAUACUCGAAUGUCUUUAGAUGCAGGCUGACCAGUAAGGGGGUUUUGUUGUUAAUUUAGUGUGUGGUUUGCUUUGUAUUUCUUUUUUUUUUAGUUUUUAAUUAACCAGAUAUCGGGUACUGGGGAGGCAUUGCACAUUAAUGCAGAAUGUUAAUGCUAAUUUUCAUAGAAAAGACAAAAUUAGAGCCGUUCCCCGUCUCCAGUGCAGUUUUGUUACCGUUUUGUGUGCAACACCAAUAUUAAGCCAGUCUGUAAAGGCAAAAUACUCAGAGUGACCUACUUCCAUUCACCAGCAAGAAUCCUUUGUCAGCUGACUCCUGUUUGUUUGUUCGUUUUUAAAUGUCGGAUUACAGAACGAGCAUCUCCUAAAGAUGAAAGAAAACAGUGUUUUCAUGUGCAGGAAAUUUGGGGUUGCAGUAACAGAACAUUUUCUUUGUUAAUUUGGAUGUCAUGGUGUUUUAAGCUCCUGCCUGGAGCCUAAAUCAAUUUGGCCUCUCAUCCAGUUCAUCUCACUGGUGCUCCUAAAAGGCUGCAGCCCUGCAAAAGCUCAUGCAGCAUUUUUGGCUGCCUUCCCUUGCUCCCAUUUGGUACAUAUUUGCACAAUUUAACUGAGCUUUUCUUUCUGCUGAAGGUCAGAUGCAAGCGAUACGAAACACUAAACUUUAUAAACAAGCAAAGCCAUUUCAACCACAGCAUUUUGGACCAGAAUGGAUUUUUAGGUGGCGCACUGUCUGCUGGCCUUUGGAGAGGGGAUCCUGAGACUGCAUUGGGCUGGAACAGGAUGCAAAGCCACAAGCCUUGGGUUUUUUUUAAUAAACUACUUACUGUAAUCCAGCUACACGGUUUCAGCCUCACACUUCAGAAGCUUCCAGCAGCAAUGCACAUACAGGCGCUUUCCCUCUUGCAGAAAGUGAAACUUUCCCAACCAGAGUGAAUUUAACCUAUUGCAUAAGAUGCUGGAAGUUUUUGGGUUUUGUCUGGUUUUUGGGUUUUAUUUUUGUUUUUUCUUUUUUUCUUUUUUUCCUUGGGAUUCUUGCUGAAACCUCGAUGUGCAGAGGAUGAAUAGUUUUUCUAUUUCCCCUCUUCUUUUUUUUGACAAGAUUAGAUGUUGCAUAUUGAUGAGCUAGCAUUUCAAAGGUCCGUGGGACUUUGGAACGUAUUAAGAAUCUCUGAAGUUUAAUAUUCACCAUGUUUUAAAUAUUCAGAAGGAAAAAUCUGCAUAAAAUGGCCUUUGAUAAAUAAAUUCUAGGGAUUCUUUCUGUCUUAUGCAAGCAUUGUGGGGAUUGUGGCUGUGCCAGUUUUGUUCCAAAAUGUCUUUUGUUUCAGUGUAUCAGCACCAUUUUGAUCCCAUUUUUGUAUGCCCAGCACCUGUCCUGAGGUCUUUUAUGGUUUCUGUUGGAACCGGACAGCAGGCAGGUGGAUGUGACCAAGGCAAAGGCACAGCCGAACAUCAUAAUUCUUGAGUGUCUGCUUAGUUGCUCCCUUCCUUAUGACAGCUGGGCAUGUUCAGCCUCUUUCUGCACCUGCUUUUUGUGAUGCAGGUUGGGAUUAGCCCAGUGGUCAUGCCUGGCUGAGAUCUUUCUGGAAAGGUGCUCUGUCCUGGGUGGAACUUGGGGAUGGAGAGAGCAAGGCCCUGCAUGCAGGAGCAAAGCAAAGUGCCAUUUCGUGCCUCUCAGAUCUCACAGGGCAGUUUUGUCUUCUUUGGAUGUCCCUCUUUGGUAAGAGGCACAGCAGUAAGAGAAGUGCUUUUAGGAGAAAUCCUGCCUUGGGGUUGCCCUGUUUCCCAGGCUGUUGAAAAUCUGGUUGAAGCUUUAGAUGAGGAUGAUCAGUUAUGGGCUGCAAGCACACAGCUCUUUUCCUGUAGUAUUAACUCUCUCAUUUGCUGUACCCUUCAUGUCCCAUGGUACAUACCAGGGUGUGCAGGACAGCUGCUUUGGUCCUGCUCACACACAGGCUUGACUUUGUCAUGUCAAGUCCCUGUUGAAUCAGUGCCUGGUGCUUGUUCUCAGGACCGCUCUGGCUUGGGCCAAGGGCAUCUCAUGCUCCUGUGCAAAAGGUGAUGCUUUCAAGUUUUGGCUUACAAAUAGUGGAGCCCUUUCAUACUCACCUUUCCCCUCUCAUGUAUUCCAGACAGAAGCAGGAUUUUUAAGUAUUUCACAGCAUUCUUCUUCUUCCUUUUUGCCAGAUGCCUUGAAAACAUUAUCAGAUUAUGAUCUGGGUGGGGGUUUUCAGGAUCAGUUUCCUUUCCUUCUUGAUUGCAUGGUGUAGGUUUGCAAUGAGGGUUUUUUCUUUUCUUUUAGUCUUACAGAACAGAUGCCUUCAGUUUAUGCAAAGAAAGUUUGACUAUGAUUAGAGCUAAUCCAGGAUGGCAGGAUUGGACCCCCACAGUGAAAGCUAGAAAAGUGAUUGCAAAAGUAUUCUGUUUCUCCUUUAUUAAUUACACAGGAAGUUUCCACCAAAGGCUCAUGUAGCACAACUGGCCUAUGUAAUAAGUAGCAGGGCCUGUAAUUACAGUCUGUCUUCUGAUCCUAUCUGUGCUCUGACUUUCUAGGCACCGCAGUUCUAUUUACAUCUGUGUCUUUGUCACCUCUUAAAUUUUUGAUUGGUCACUGGGGGAAGUAGAGCACAAGCCAUGAGCCCUGUGGAGAUGCGGUGAGCACAAGUGAGGACAUCCUCCUCCUUCUCAGGUAUCUGCCUGAUUUGGGACACAGAACAGAGCACGGGGAAGGGGGGAUUUUACCGGCCAUGCAGCAGAGGGAACGGGCUGUGUGCCAGAUGGGUAUCUUUCAAGAUCUUGGAGUCUCUGUAGAAGUGGAAAUUUGAACCUUUUACAGGUCUUAACUAGUGUAGUAUCCAGUCAGGGAGUUAAUAUAUAUCAGCAUUUAUUUCCUCAGAGCAGUUUCUACAGAAUUUGAUGUUUCUUUUCUGUAAGAUUCAAGGGUUUAUGGUUGCAAAGAGAUCCUUCCACAUGCGGCAUGAGGAGAGAUGUGGCUUUUGGCAUCGUGCAGAGAAGCUGGGCUAGAAAUUCUGGUAUCAGUGUGUAAACCGAGAGUAACUUGAGUGGAAGGGGGAAGGCAGUGAUUUACGUGUGGUUCAAUACCAGGUCCACCAGCACCAAGCAGCCUCAAGCUCACUGGGGUAUCAGUCCUGAGACCCAGCGAUGAGUAAACGGGCUCCUUAUGGAAGUGUUUGGUGCUGGUCACUCUGGCAGGAAUCUCUUGUCUCUUCUGAAACACACACUUAAAGUCAGGGUAGAACCACAGAGUGGUGCCCCCCAGUCUUCAGAGCUUACUCCCAGUGCUAUGUAUGAUCAAGAGGAAUGAAAGCCACUGUGCAAAUACUAUCCUCCAUGCAAAACGAUACUAGCAAUCUGCUACAGAUACUUUUAAUGUCCAUUAAAUUGUUAUAAAAUUGUCCCUUUUCUGCAGCUUGCACUGUUACUUAAUUAUUUUCGGUCUGACUUAUGUUUUUUAAAAAAAACUCAUUAUUUUUAAUUUUUUUCGAACUCUAUUUCUAAGAAAGUUGAUGCUUUAAAGGAAAAAAAAACCCUCACUUUCAAACAUCGGUUUUUCAGGCUUCGAAAUUAAUAAUUUCUACACCUGACCCAGUUCCUGCAGCUGCCAAAAAAGAAAAGAGAAAGCUAUUUAAAUUUCUCAUAGAACCAUUUAUCUCUUAAAAUAUGCCAAGGCAAUUUGAGGUGGGGGUGGAGACUCAGCUAUUUAUCUCAGCAGCUUGAUUUUUCUCUUUAUGUUUCUAACUGUCAGGGGGAAAAAAAAAACGGUAGGAAGCUAUUCUUGGGCUAUUAUUGAUGUAUUGUGUUGCCAUUAUGCAGGAUGUCUGCUUUGCUAUAUACGGAAGGACAUUAAUAAUAGCCAUCUCCCCUGCCCCCACCCUCGGUUCCUCUUUGGGAAGAUGUGGUUUAAUCUGGAGCAUCUGCCAUGUUCAAGUUGCUGCUCCCUCCUCCCCUUCCCCCAAUUCAUUCCCAAACUAGGUUUGGGACCAGCGUUAAGGGAUAGGGAGACAGGGUUAUAUUUACAAUUUUUCUGCUUGCUUGUGUGGUUGCUCCAGGCGAGUCAUUUCUAUGCCAUGUACCUGUCUACCCUAUUCCUUUCCAUGUAUAGCCCUCCUCCUUUCGUUUUAAGUUCAUCAGUGCAAAAAAACCCUUUCUCUCUUUUUCUCAGACCUGGCAGAACGGGCUCAGCAACAGACCUCUGAUUUGCAAUUACCCAGCAUUUCAUACCCAGAAACUUCGUUUUCUUCAUUAUUUCCCAUAAGUAGGAAAACGUAUUCCUGUUCCCAUCCUAGGUUUAAAACAUUGUUAUGAAACUUUAAAGGGUCCAUCCGCUUGCUUAAAGACUCUGAUGCUUGUUUUAUUUUUGGAAGCAGAGCGUACGGUGAACAGGAAUAGUUUGAUGUUUAAAAAAUAGCCCCACUUCAGCAUUUCCCUGAAGUGCGGGAAGUCCUGUCUCUGCAGGUCUGUGCCAGCAGCACAACAACCUGGAGAGCAAAGCUGACUUGAAUAGGAAAAAGAACUGGCCAGCCUCAUUUCAUCUGUGAGAAGAGAGAGGUGAAAAUAAUGAACGUGGUAAAAACUAAAGGGUAUAAUUGCACUGAUUUUUUUUUUUUUUUUUUAUUUUUUUUAAUGGCUAAGUUUCUACAUCUCAUGCUAAUUUUGUUCCAUAACAGUUUUGCUUCUUCAGCAUUUCUGAUAGUCAGGACCAUGCGCUUUUUCAUGGUGUCAUUAUUUUUACUUGUUGCUAGUUAUGUUCUGGUCUUGCUCUGGUCCACUUUGAUUUGGGCACCAAAUUAAAACAAAGCUAGAAGCUCUGUCUAGGAAAAAAGCUCACCUUGAGUUUAGGACCAGAAAAUGCAAUAUGUUUUCCAUAUGGGGAAGCUUUCCAAAUACGAAUGCUAGGUGGGAGGAAUGCCUUCAUUUGGGAAAGUGCUCAGAUUACAAAAUGAAAAGGAGAUGGCAAUUCCGUGUAGUUUCUUGUUGCUUUUAUUGUCUUCCUCAUCCUCACUAUAGUCAGAGCUGUUCCCUCUGGUGAGUCUGUGUCCAGCCUAUGGCUUGAUCCUGCCUUAUUGGUGUGAGUAUUUUGCCAGAAACAAGUGUUUUCUCUCUGCCAUUAGCUAUGGGAUCGUGUGCAAUGAUUAGAAUUUGCAGGGAGGGCAGGAAGAUCCUGUUCCUAUUAGGCUGCCUUUGUGCUAAGGUUUCAUUCAGGGCUGAAUGAGAUAAGAACAGUUUGCACUGAAAUGCACAGCCAGAGGUUGUGGUUUGCGUUUCAACUGUGUUGAGAUGGUACCCAUUGAAAAUACAGAACUGAGGAGCUUUUUUACAUCUACCAGUGCGUUAGUGACAGCUCUGUGUGGGCUGGAAAGCCAUUUCAGUUUGGCAAAUUGAUGUUUUCUGCCUCAUCCCUUGAGCCUGGUCUAGUUCUUUGCUUUAUCUACCUGAAAAGUGGUAUUUCUAAAGUGCCUGAUGCCUAAGUAGUUGAAUAUCUGACAAGCAUCUAAGCAGAACAAGCAGCAAGGUGAAGAGUAGGCUAACUGAGCUGCCCUUACAAAGCAUGUUCCACUUUCUUCACUAUGUGCCUUUUCAGAGACCUGUGGUGCCCCUUUAUGGGCAGCAGAGAAAUAGCCCUAGUGCUGAGCUGGCAUGGGAACUAUAAGAAUGCCAUAGAACAGAAGCAACUGGUUAAUUUUGAGCAUCUGUUUUCCACUGGGACAAGUAAAGCAAUGUCUUUAUCCCAUCAGCUCUGCUUGUCAUCUUUCUUAACACACUUCACGGUCUGUUAGGCAACUGUUCAGUGGCAGAAGUACUUGGGUGUAUCUCCUCAGUCAGAGCUCCAGAGUCAUUCAUAUCUGGAGAUUUUAUUCACUUAUUGUUCCUUAUAACCUCUCUAUAAUUCAUUUUAUAUAUAAAGUUAGAAGAGAAUGUUUGAAGGUGAACCAAAGGCUUGGCAUUUGAUUGGUGUUCCUGUGUUAAAAAGGCUGAUGUGCUCUCACUUUCAAUCCUCAAAAUCAUGUUUUAGUAAACUUCUCCCUUCUGUGGUCAGAGAGGAGGUGCAAGGUUUAUUAGAAAUGCAGCAAAGGGAAAGGUUUGUUUCGAUGCUCAGUAUUGCACCACUGUGACAUCCUCUGCUGUCCCUCUGGAGAGUGAGGGCUGAGUAUUGGCAGACAUAUGGGCAGAGCAGAGUUAUGCUUGGACUUUUCUCGUUGUCUUGCUAGAUAAGAUGUGCCUUGGUGAGACUUCAACUUCCUUAAAGGUCCUAUAAUUUCUCUUGCUGCAGCCUGCGUUCUGGACAGUCAGAGACUGGAGGGCAGCCUCCAGUGCCUUCCCUCCAGUUAGGCAGGUGAGAGACCAGGAGUACUGAAUUCUGCAGUUUCAGUAACAGCACUUUCUUGUUCAAAACAAACAGCAGAGGUUUGUUGUGUUUCAGAGCCUAAUCUCUCACGCUGGCUUUACCUGUGGGCUGAUACAAGGGGCUUUGAACCUCUUGGCUUUUAGCCUCAUGGUGACCCCCUUGAGGACUGGAAGAUUGACUUAGCUCUUCCAAACUGCAAGCAGGGAGUGCCCCCAGGAAUGUAUUUGUCCUACGUAGCUGCUAUACUUUGGCCUGUUCCUGCGGACUGUAGACCUGUUUGCUGAAGGGUUCACCGGUGAUGAUGUUUAUUGGAUAUGCAGUAAUUUGUAGUAGGUGACUAGGCCAGGUUUGAGGUGGUAUUUCAGCUUUACGGUAGCUGUCGGUUUAGCCCUUGAGACAAAAGUAGGUUUUUGCAGUGUUGUCCUGGUUGCAGUUGGGAGGUUAGCGUGACCAACCGCACUUCUUGUCAUGUGCCAGCAGGCAGAGGCUCUCAGUGGUAUGAGAAGCAUCUUCUUUUUAAAUGUGAAUCACUAGCCUAGGUAUCUGGGCAAGAAAGGGGCAUAAGGAGGCAUUCGCUAUGUGAGGGAUGCCUUCUGCUGCACGCUCCCUGCCCUCAGAUCCUAAUGAAGUAACAUUACUUGAGCUUUUAGGACUGGUGUCCUGUCUGUCAGAGCUUGGGGGUACCAGAGCUUUACCCCUUGCUGAGCACAAGCACAAACCCAAGUCUGUGAGGGGCCCAAUCCUACUGCCAAUUGGAGUUUUCCCCAAAUCCUGCAAGUUGCUGAGUGCAUCUCCUGUGAGCUGCUGAGUAGCCUUCCCUUCUCACUGAGCACAUCAAGCCACUUGUCUCCUUCACUGACUACUUCCAUAGGGCACUCAGGAAAUGCAAUCAGCACCUUGCAGGGUUGAUCCACUAGGUAAUAUAUGAAGUUUUUUCUCUGGUAACUUGUGUGCAUGAAUUGAAAACCAUUUAUUCCAGUUUGUUCUGAGGACAGAUGCAGCAUAUACACAUUUUCUAUAUUUAUAAAUAUACAUAGAUAUAUAUAUUUUGUUCUCAGCUAGUUACCUCUUCUAAACUGCAAUUUUCAGAGCAACCGGCAUAUAUUUUUAUUCAACACAUAAAAUGACUUUUUACAGUAAGAAAAUGAAAGCUGUUUUAAGCAUGUGUUUUCUGUAUUUUUAUUAUGCAUUAUCCAAUUAUAUUGAGAUGUAUUUUCCUCUUUGCUCUGCUCUUUCAGUUGUUAUCCUUUUUAUCAGUUAUGCUUUUCUAAUGUUUUGUAAGGGAAAAUAAAUAUGCAAAAUCGCCAGAUGCCUUUUUUUCUUUGCAGAAGAAGUAUCACAAAUGCUUUUUUAUUACAUUUUACCAAUCCAAUAAACUCCUUAUAAAUUUCA